AUGUCGCUGUCACAAUUUCAGUUGUAUGAGAUUUCGGUUUUGGCUGUGAAUGCUAUUGGAAAAGGUACGGCGACUAUGCCGAAGGAGGUACAAACAGGUGAAUUAGCACCGAGUAGUCCUCCACAAAAGGUUCAAGCAAGAGCUCUUAAUCGCAACUCGAUUCUCGUUCGUUGGGAUCCACCCGAAAAACCGAAUGGUCUUAUUCUGGGAUAUAAAAUUUACUACACAAAUUUGGAGGUUUCUACACCAUAUCCUCUUUGGAAAAUGAAGCAGUGCUUGAAAGAAAUAUUAACUACACAUAGAUCCAUUGGUUCAGUUGACGUGUCAAUUUGUAUGGCUCCUGUUCCUAGAAAUUUAUUAACCGUUCAGCAAGAAGUAAAAGCCGAUGAAAUGAUCACCACGCUGUAUAAUUUGGAAACGGAACGAACAUAUUACAUCCAUGUGCAAGCAAGGAAUUCGAAAGGACUCAGCCCGAUGUCUCAACUUGUUACCGUUAUCACGAAACACGGCAUCCCAGGUCAGCCGUCCGGUUUGUCAGCGAGGGCUUUGGAUUCGAAACGAGUUCAGUUAAGUUGGGAAAAACCAUUGCAUUCGUUCAACAUUGUGGGAUAUUCGAUACGUUUCAAUUCAUCAACAGGUAUUGGCAAGGAGCUCACGUUAACGUCACCAAUCGAGAAGCAUAUCAUUGAUGGUCUUGAACCGAACACCCUCUACUCAUUUAGAGUAGCAGCUCAGUCAGCCAGAGGACUUGGUGCGUAUUGUGAAGAAGUGAACGUGAGGACUAAUCAAAGCGGUAGUAUUUCUUUUAAACUUAUUCUCUUCUUCUUGCCAACCGGUGCACCAAAAAUCGUUGAUAUUGAAUCGGUGUCUUCAAAAGCAUUGAUGCUCAAAUGGGAACCACCAGCAGAAGAGCAACGAAAUGGUGCACUUAUAAACUAUGCAAUUCGAUGGCGGCUUGUUGAUACAUCGAACGAGAAUAUCUCAUCAACGUUUCAUUCAUCAAGUGAAGAAUUUGUUGAUGAUAAUCAAUGGGAGGAGUUGAUACGAAGCGCUGAUCAAGAAACACAAGCGCGUAUUGAUGGUCUUGAUCCGUUUACGAUUUAUGAAGUGAGUGUGGCGGCUGGAACCGAGAAAGGGUUUGGACCGAGCAGUGAAACUGUUCGGAGGCGUACAGCUGAAGAUGGUAAGUGGUUGGUUUAG